AUGUCCGUCCAACAAACAAUCAACGAGGAGAGGAUGGAGAACCGGGCAACAUUGUCGCUCCAGUGCGAGUCCAGGCUGAUCACCUCAGGCCACACGACGCCUGACUUCAUCAAUCGGAUGAACAGCCUCUUACAAGACUACGUCGACAUCGAGUACGGUCUCAUCCUGCGCAUUCGCCAAAUUCUGAAGAACCGGGGUCUCGACCGGCAAUGUUGGACCCCCGACCGCAUCGACGGGUACGAGAGAUUCACGGAGUCAUGGAUCUACAGGCUGGGCUAUUCAACGAACUUUGAAAGGGACUUCUCCCCAUCCGACAUGAUGGCUUUGAUCGCAGAUCUCGACGCUCUCCUGCUAGACGCUCAAAUUGCGAAUGAUAUCGAGUUCGAAUGGCAGGAUGUCUCGGCUGAGGGCGACCGGUUAGGGAAAUGCUGCGAAGGUUCGCAUCCGACCAAGCGGAAGAUCAUCAUCUUUGCACUGGGUCGUACCUCUGCGGACAUCUUAAUCGGCACCCUUGUGCAUGAGAUGUGUCAUGCCUUCAUCGAUAUAUCGCUCAUUGAUGAGCUCGGCCAUGAAUCAGCCUACGACCCUGAGGGUGGCAACACCGAGCCGUGGACCACAGCAAUCGGAAGCACAGGCCAUGGCUACUGCUGGCAAAUGCUCGCUAUGAUCAUGAACGACUGUUCGGAAGCCAUUGGGUACCCUUUUGACCUUGGUUUUGAAGACGCUGGAAACAGCGACUUCGACGGACACCUCGGCGAUCGCCUCUCCGGUCUAGGGCGAUACGAAGUGGAGGAACCCAGCUCGCCAUGGGCUACUUUACACGGUCGGCAGCAGCGGCGGGCCGAGGUUGACAGGGCUGAGAGGGAGGAAGCCAGGCAGGGGGAAGAGGAAUCGUCCGAAGGAUCUUCACCCGGAGAAGAUACGAUGAUGGAGCUCACACAGAGCGAUAUCGUGGCGACUUGA